AUGUCUGGUCUCCGAGGGAGCGGGAAAAAGGCCAUUGACACGAUUCUUAGCCCGCAGAAGAUUGACGUUGCCUAUCAAAAGUUCGUGAGGCCUUCGGCUGCGGCUGGCCAGACCACAUAUCCUUCAUCGCAGCGCGAUUUAAAAAACUUGGGUUUUCAUUUUGAUCUUAGUGAUCACACUCGCCAGCUAGCACCUUUUCUGGUUCCGUCUCAAUCUAAUCUAAUUGCUCCAACACUUCGACAGCUUGACCUGAGCUUAGCCAACAUUUUGCUUGUUCCUGGAUCCACGAAGAUUGCCAGUGUUAUUGACUGGCAAGAUGCGUCUAUCUUUCCAUUGUUCAUGCAGGCAGGCUGCUAUCCAGUCUGCGAGCAUGACUCAUCACGUCCGCAAAGUCUGCAGAUCCCUGGACUUCCAAAAGGACUCGACAAGAUGAAGCCCCAAGACCAGAUACAAAUCAAAACCAAGUUUCGCUUGGAAGAAAUGAAUAUGUACUACACCGCAGCCACCGGUAUACAUAACGAGGAGCAUAUGGAAGCUUUGAGGAUCCCGCAUCUUUCUAUGCAGCAGUACCUAAUUCAACAAACUGGAUACCCUUGGGAUGGGGAUGUUAUUAAUCUGCGAGCAGCACUUGUUGGUAUUACUACUUCUCAAGUUUGGAGCACCAUAUCAGCUCUACCCUGCCCUGUGUCAUUUUCGGACAAAGACAGAGAGAAAGCACUUAAAGAAUCAUCCGAGUGGAAUGAGUCUGAAGCUUUACUCACUGCGGUCAGGAAUGACUUGGGAAUUGACCUAGAAGGAGGUACAGAGGUUGAAAAUUACGAUUGGGCAUCAUCCCGGAACCUGCAAUUUAGAAGAGAGAUGUUAAGGCAGGCGGAAGUGCAUGAACGUGAGGUUAGUUGGCGAAACUGGCCUUAUAAGGAUGAUGAUGACUCCUCAUCCCCGCCACCUAUCUUUGAUUAG